ACUAGUUAUCUUUCCUUCUCAUCUCCACUUUAAUGGAGUGUUUCUUCUUCUAACUUUCCAUCUCUUCUUCUAAUCCAUCCUUAUUUCCAUGCUAGAGCUCUUCUUCAGCUGUCGUUCAUUCUUGCAUUUCAGUGAUUUCAUUGCAGAGACAAUGUGGUAUUUGUCAUCCACAAAUACCCAGAUUGUUGAGAGUACUUUACAUUAACUCUAAUGGAUAUGCAUGAAGAACAAAAUCUCCAAAAUUCAGAUGAGGUAUCUAAUACCGACAAUACAGUCGAACAACAUGCAACCACUUCAAAGAAGAAGAUUCAACAUAAAAGGCCUAGAUUAAAGAAGAUCACAUCAAAGAUCCGCAAAAACGAUGGACCUCCCUUGGCGUUAGAUCCCUUGACACCUGAUCUAGUAACACCGAAGCCUGCCAGGAAGAGAGCAAAAAUCUGCAAGAGAAAAAAUGGUAGAAAGAGGAAAAAUGGCAACAAUUUUGUGAGUGAAACAAUGCAGCCAUGGGAUUCAUCGUUGGAGAAUACCGAUGCACAAAAUAAAGAUGGAAAAUUUUCGGUGCGCCGAAAAUUAAAUCUGAAUGAAGAAAGCAAAUUCUCAUCAGAGGAUCUGUUGACACACUUGAGGCGAAACAUGAGUUUUUCUUUCCUCCACAAGGUUUACAAAAGGAGAAGAAUUGAUAAUAUGAAAUCUCAAAAUCUAUAUAGACAUCCAGCAUUUAGUUUCACUCCAUUUUGCAAAGGGGUUGAAGAGAAAAGGUGCCUGAUCAUGUCUUUGUCAAAGAGCCAAAUGUUGAAGCAGCAGCAGAAUGCUGUGAAUGGAACCUCAGAUGGUCUUUGCAUUCCCAGCCAAAUUGAUUUAAAUAAGACCUCAUCUGCUGAUUGUUCUAAGAAUUCGGCAGAAUACCUAAGCGCAAGCAUGAAUUUCUCUUUGUUCACCAAGUUUUACAAAAGGAGAAAGAUUGAAAAAGAAAAAAGUUUUCCUGCAAUGUUUACUCGUCACCAAAUGUUAAUGUUUGCCUCUGAGCAUCGGUUGAUAACUCCAGCGAUAUUGACAAUGUUGAAUAGUACACUGGAAACUAGUCGAGCCGAGCUAACAAAGAAGAAGUUGGAGAUACCAGUUCCUGCCUUUGACCUAGACAAACUUGAAUCUAAUGAUGUUUGCAACCAAUUAAUGGCAAUCUCAACUCCUGUGAAGAGCACACAAAAACCAAGAAAGCAAAGGGAAUCACUUGCAGAUGUUCAAAGCGCUCUCAAACAUCAAGAACUUGCAUUAGUACCAUAUGUACACCCAUUGAAUUCCUUGGAACAAAAACCUGAUACUAAUGUCAAUAGGAACCGGUGGAAAAAAAGUAUGACUAAUUGGCAAAAUGCUUUUGUUCCUUAUGAUGAAGCUACUGCAAUGGUUCCAUACAAACGACAACCUAAUCGAGACCGUCUUGUUGUUGCUUUUGACCCAAGAAACAGAUGGCUAUGGAAUUGUUUUGCGAGUAAGGAACAUAUACCCGAUACUGAUACUGGGGCAUUUAGUGAUGAUACCAAGAGAUGGUGGGAAAACGAAAGAAGAGUCUUCCAAGGGCGUGCAGAAUCAUUCCUGGCCAAGAUACGCUUAAUACAAGGAAACCGACGCUUCUCAAAGUGGAAGGGAUCUGUUGUGGAUUCUGUGGUUGGUGUCUUUCUUACACAGAAUGUUUCAGACCUUUUGUCAAGCUCUUCCUUCAUGAAUCUUAUUGCGAGAUUUCCUCCAAAAUCAAAAGAAAAUGUACAUGGACCUGAUUCGGUAAAGAUAACAUCACUUGUUGAGAAAAGGAUCUUAACAAUGGAUGAGAAGAGCAAAUGCGAUGAAGCUAUAGAUGAAACAAAUGAAGAUGAAAAUUCCUUGCGAAACUCUGUUGCAGGUUCGCCCAUUUCUCCGUGCAAAAAUUGCACAGAGUCAUCUAUAUGCUCAGAAAUAGAAGAUUUAAUUGGAAAUCGCUCUUGUUGUCGGAAUCCAAGCAAGGGACUAGUUACUGUGGGCACCCAGCCUGAUGAAAUUUUCUCUAAAAAGAAAGAACCAAAAUCAUAUGACAGCAUCUUGCAGAAUUUGAAAGUUUUGAAGGUUUCAAAGUCCCAUUCCAAAGGUAUAGUUCAAAACAAGCCAAAUAAUAAUCCAAAUACUACGCCAAAAGCAAAGAAGUUGAAGACUAAUGAGAUAGCUAGCAAUAAUAUUGAUUGGGAUAACUUAAGGAAAGAGGCAUAUGGCAACCUUCCUACAAAGGAGCGAAACAUCGAACAUAUUGACUCAGCAGAUUGGGAAGCAGUAAGUCAAGCGGAUGUAGAUGUAAUUGCAGACGCCAUUCGAUUACGUGGACAACAUAAUGUAUUGGCAGCAAGAGUUAAGAAUUUUCUUAUUCGGAUGGCUAAGGACCAUGGCAGCAUUGAUCUUGAAUGGCUGAGAAAUGUUUCUCCUGACAAAGCAAAGGAGUACCUCCGCAGCAUAGAGGGAUUGGGGCUUAAAAGUGUUGAUUGUGUUCGCCUUUUAGGACUUCACUUUAAGGCGUUUCCGGUUGACACGAACAUUGCUCGUAUAUUCGUAAGAUUGGGAUGGAUACCACUUCAACCACUGCCUGAAUCAGCUCAGCUCCAUGCUAUCGACAAAUAUCCAAUCAUGGGAACUGUUCAGGAGUACCUUUGGCCUCGGUUAUGGACACUUGAUCAACCGACAUUGUAUGAGCUACAUUAUCAGUUGAUUACUUUUGGGAAGGUGUUCUGCACUAAGAAGAAUCCAAAUUGUAAUGCGUGCCCAAUGAGGAAUGAAUGCAAACACUUUGCAAGUGCAUAUGCUAGUGCAAAGCGGUUGCUCACCGGACCAGAGGAAAGAAGUUCAGUGAACUCUAUAUAUUCCAGCAUAUCUAGUAUUGAUUCUUUUACAGGUUCAAGGCCAUUGGCAAUUGCUCAACUAGAAGACAGCCAGCUUUCAGAGAAAUUUAAUUCUAUUUCUUGUGAACCUGUCAUUGAAGAACCACCAUCACCUCAACAUGAACCUGAACCUAAAACUGAACACAUUGAACAAUAUUGUGCCAAUUAUUCUGAUGGUUGUUUGUGCAAUUCAGAUGAAGAUGAUAUUAUCGAGUUCAAUUUGAAAGAUGCAUCCCAAGAUUUCAAACAUAUAAACGAGGCAAACAGUAUUGAACCUCAAGAUGAUGGGAAUUCAAAUCUCGCCUUGAUUGUUGCACCAUUUGUUUCCUUCUUGAUGCCGGCAUUAAAGAGUACACACAAAUUUCGAACAAAGCAUUAUGUCUAUGAGCUCCCAGGCAAUCACCCUCUACUAGAAGGAAUGGAUGAACAAGAGGAAAAUGAUGAAUAUCGGUACCUAUUUGCUAUAUGGAAACCAGGUGAAAACGCAGAAUCAAGCGAGCCACCCAUAAAUCACUGUAGCUUUCAAGGAUUUGAUGAACUCUGCAACAACAUGGCUUGCUUUCGAUGCAACGGUUUACGGGAAGCAAAAUCAGAAACAGUUAGAGGCACACUUCUGAUACCUUGCAGAACAGCAAUGAGAGGGAGAUUCCCACUAAAUGGAACUUAUUUUCAAGUCAAUGAGGUUUUUGCUGAUAACAAGUCCAGUAAAGACCCGAUUGUUGUUCCUAGGAAUUGGUUAUGGAACCUCCCAAGAAAAAUUUGUUAUUUUGGAACCGGCAUUUCAACAAUUUUCCGAGGUCUAACAAUGGAAGAGAUACAAUUCUGCAUGGGUCAAGGAACUGUAUGCAUCCGAGGAUUUGACAGGGAAACAAGAAGAGUAGAACUUCUCUAUAAAAGAUUACAUGUUCCUGCAAGUCAAGCAGCGAAGAAAAAGAUGACACCAAAGAAAGAACACCGAUGACAAAAUGGCAUGCAGACAUUUUAUUUUCUUUUAGGGAUUUAUACAAUGUACAUUUUGUAGAUAAAAGACAUCCACUUUGUGUAUAUAUAUGGACGAACAAAUUUUUGAAUGGUUCUCUGAUCUGCGAUUUAUCAGAUAGACAAAUAAAACCAUUGAAUAACAUGUGUUGCAUUGCUCUCAGUGUAAAAUU